AUGGGCUACUCGACACAGCAGAUCAACAGUGCCAGCCGGAGCACGCAGCCGGUGGGCGAGCCGCUGGCCGACACGCACGACUACGCCCGCUCGUGGGCCGUCAAGCUAGGCAAGGCGAUCAAGUACAAUCUCGGGGUCGGGGCGACGACACCGGCGACGGCCGGCAGCAACAGCAACGGUGCGUCCACGGUGGCCGACACGACCAGCUACCUCGUGCGGCUGCCCCAGGGCUACUCGCUGCACGUCCGGCCGCAUCGCGGCAGCCGCGACGGCCGCAAAGGCAAGAGCACCGGCAAAGGCGGCGAGCGAGACGGACCCUUUGUGUUUGGUCACCCGCUCGGCCCCAUUGCCGCGUUUCGCAGCCCGGCCGAGCUGGCCCUACAUCUGCUCUGGCUGCUGAGCGACUCGACGUCGCGCGCCGACUGCUCGUGCCGCCUCUGCGUCCGCAUGGUCAGCGAUAGUCUCCCUCCGCUCACCGUCCUCCUUCCGGUAGCAACAACACGAGCACCUACGCCAGUGCCUGUUCCCGUGCCAGCAACAGCAGCAGCACCUACGCCCGUACCUGUUCCUGUACAAGCAUCAGCACCAGCGUCCGCGCCUCCACCUACACCCAAAGCUACCCUGAUAGCCGCCUCUUUCGCCAUGUCCACCACCUCCACCUCCACUACCUCCACCAAUCCUCCACCCAUCGGCGGCAGCGCCGAUCUCUUCCGGCCCUGGGAGCUCGUCUGGUACCAGCCGCCGCAGAAGAACGCUUGGCGGCUGGGCAUCGUGCUGCAGCUGCUACAGGCUCCGGGCGAGAGUCGCAGCGCGGCCACGGCGGCUGCUCGCAUCGCCCCCUUGGGCGCGCCCGGCCUGCAGACGGCCGAGCUGACGCUGGGGGCCGACGUGCUGCGGCCGUUCCUGUCGUUCAGCGUGCCCGACCUGCGCGAUGGGUUUCAAGGCCAGACGUUUGACGCGCUCGACUGGCCGCGGCUGGUGCGCGAGAACGCCCAGGCAGCUCAGGCCGUCCAGGCCUAUGCCCAGGCCCAGGCUCAGGCCCAGGCUUGUGGUCAGGUGCUGCCGCCUGGCUCGGUGGCACCACCGCUGCCGCGCUUCGACAUGGCCACCAUCUCGCUGGAGGCGUCCAAGGCGGCGGCCAACCAGAUCAACGCCUGUUUCUCCGUCUUUGGCGCCCGGCCCAAAGUCUCGCCCACCCAGUGCAUCUACGGCGGCGUGUUUCUAGGCGCCGAGCAGAUUGUCGUCGGCGACGCCGUCCGCGUGGACGCCCGUCGAGACGGCGCAGCCGAUGGGAACGGCAACGGCAAUGGCAGCAGCAACAGCAACAACGGCGGCGACCUCCCGCCCGGCACCACCGACAUUAUGCGCAUCAACCUGAUCCUGACGGACCACGAUCACCUGCGCUUCAUCGGCGACGUGUAUCGGCUGGCUCUGACGACGGCAGCUGCCGGCAGCAACAGCAACGCUUCUGCCACGGCGCCUCCCGAGGGCCAGCUGUUCGCCGAAGAGCUGGAGGACCGCAACGGGAUCAUGCUGGCAGCAAAUACGCAGAAGAACCAACAGCAGCAACGUUGGUAUUGGCACCUCAAGGAGCGCAACGGCCAUCGGGCCGAGAACGAGGUGCACGGCCGGUUCUACGUGUCGAUGCGGCUGGCGGCCAACCUGCGCAAGGCAGACUUCUUGGCCCAAGCGGCGGCCGGUCACGUCGGCGACGACAUGAUCAAGGCGCUGAACCGCCGUCAGCAGGUAGCCGGCUUCCAGUACCAGGGCCAGCGGACCAGCCGGACCGCCACGAUCGGAGGCGCCAUUGGCGUGGUGCUGCCUGCUAUCAGCGGCGUGAUAGAAGACGCUUGA